AUGACAACAUUGGCAAUCGGUUACCUUCGACAUGUCGUAUGUUCUCGUCUGACGACCGCUGAAGCGUUUAGGCUGAAUAUCGCCGAGCAGCUUCUCAAAGACAGUGAAAUUAUUCUCUGCGACGACAUCGCCAAACAAAUGGACGUCUACGAGGUGGCCUUUGUGGUUGAUUUCUUGCGGGAUUGGGCAAUAAAGCUCAACAGAGUCGUCAUAAUGGCUAUUACUCCAUCGUCCUUCGAUAUGUUGCUCAUGUUUUCCAAAUGUGCGCUUCUAACAGCUGGUCGCAUUGUUUAUUUCGAGUCUGCAACAAAAAUCACGCAGUAUUUCGAGUCAAUCGGCUUCCCUUGCCCGAAGUUCAAGAAUCCGUGCGAAUUUUACGGUAAGCUGUGUGUCACAAUGAAGUUCUGUUUAAUGGGAACAAGAGAAAGAAAAGUCGGACUAGCUCUUCUUCGAAAAAUUUGCGUAAUAGGAAAAGCUAUGAGCUGCAGUCCAGACGUAGUCACUGGAACCACCGCAUUCCUUAGUUUCCCACUAUCUUCGAAAAUAUCACCGUUAAUACAAAUCUCAAAGUCAGUUUUUCUCAAUUUUCAGUUUUCAAUCAAUUUUCAAAUUUUUCUGUGA